UUUUUUUUUUACCAUUUUGUAAGAAUCUUAAAAGAAAAAAUAUAUAUAUUAUUUGUGUUUGCUGCUUUUUUGUGUCUUUACAUUUUUCAUCUCCUCUUCUAUCGCUUCUUCUUUUGCUACCGUUAUUUAGAAUGGUUAUAGCUAAAGUUGAGGUAUCAGGAAGAGUUGAGGGUAAACCUCAGGCAAUGGUUGUAUGCUUCAUUCUAGGACUUGGCUCCCUUAUUACCCUAAACAACAUGUGGACGAUGGGUGACUAUUACUAUAAAGUGUUUCCGAAAUAUCACCCUGUUCGAGUGCUCACCAUUGUUUAUCAACCAUUUGCAUUGGUGGCGACAUUGAUAUUGGCACACUAUGAGGCAAAUAUCAGUACCCGGAUGAGGAACUUGACGGGAUAUACAAUUUUCUUCACUUCUUCUAUGUUGGUUCUUACCUUAGAUAUAGCGACAUCCGGGGCUGGGGGGAUUGGACCAUACAUUGGUCUAUGCACAAUUUAUGCUUCUUUUGGAAUUGCUCAUGCGUUUGUCCAAGGGGGUAUAUCUGGUGACCUCUCCUAUAUGUGUCCGAAAUUCAUUCAGUCAUUUAUUGGCGGAAUAACAGCAUCCGGAGCGAUUGCGUGCGCAAUAAGACUUUUCACAAAAUAUUAUUUUGAAAAAUCGAAGAACGGUCUUCGCAAAGGAGCUUUGUUAAGUCUAGCCAUCUCAACAUUUUUUGAACUUCUAAGUGUUCUGGUAUAUGCCUUUUAUUUUCCAAAAUUGUCUAUAGUUAAGUAUUACCGUUCAAAAGCAUCUUCAGAAGGAGCAACAACAGUUGCAGCAGAUCUUGCAGUUGCCGGAAUCCAGACAAACCAACAAGUUGAAUGUGAUCUUAAUGAACAAGAGCGGUUAGGAGCUAAGAAGCUUUUUCUUCAAAACAUUGACCAUGCAUUUGCCUUAUUCCUUACAUAUGUCUUGACCCUAUCUAUUUUGCCUGGAUUUUUGUAUGAAGAUACUGGAUUGCAUAGGCUAGGAGAAUGGUACCCACUUGUUUUGAUCACUGUCUACAACAUCACUGAUUUGAUUUCAUCCUACAUUCCCAUCUUCAAGUGCUUGAAGUGGGAAUCUAGAAAGGGAUUGCUAAUCACAUCUCUUUCUAGAUUCUUGUUGAUUCCAGCCUUUUACGUCACUGCUAAAUAUGGUGAUCAAGGAUGGAUGAUUCUUCUGGUAUCAUAUUUGGGAUUGUCCAAUGGAUAUCUCACUGUAUGCAUUUACACAUUGGUUCCUAAGGGGUACAAGGGUCCAGAGCAGAACACUUUGGGCAAUUUGCUUGCUCUAUGGAUGUUAAGCGGUAUACUUGUUGGCGUCUCUCUUGGUUGGCUAUGGACACUUGGAAAAUCAGAAAAAUUCUGAUAAGAAUUUUAAGAAUAAAUCUUGAAUAUUUAUUGGUGUAUACAUUGUCUUAUUUUAUAGCUUCAUUUUGAUUCUAGAAUUUGUUGGUUUCUUAAUGAUACUCUUAUUAGUCAAGAUUGUUAUUUCCAUUAGUUUAUAGUAAAAAGAAGGUCAAAUU